UCCAACAUCUCCAUCGGAGCCGGUCCGCUGCUGAUCAUGGAACUCGCUUAUCCUCAGCAUCGAGGCAGACUCACUGUGAUGUAUAACAGCCUGUGGUACGUCGGAAGUAUCGUCGCCGCCUGGACCGUCUACGGAACGAUCAAGUACACGGGUCAGGUCUCGUGGCGGGUUCCCGUUGCUCUGCAAUGCCUUAUGCCGGUGCUUCAGCUUAUAGGCAUAUUUACGUUGCCUGAGAGUCCACGUUGGUUGUGUUCAAAGGACCGAUCUAACGAAGCCUUUGAGAUCUUGGUCAAGUAUCACGCUAGCGGAAACCGCGAUGACCCCUUCGUACGAGCUGAGUUCGCCGAGAUCCAAGAGACCAUUAGGCUUGAGAAGCUCGCGGCGGAGACGGGUUGGAUGGUGUUUUUCCAGACACCGGGAAACCGCAAGAGGCUGUUGCUCAUUGUGCUCACAUCGUUCUUCUCCCAAUGUUCAGGAAACGGCUUGGUCUCGUACUACCUUCAUGACAUUCUGAGUUCCGUUGGCAUCGACGAGCCUAACUCUCAAUCUCUGUUCAAUGGUGGUCUCCAAAUCUGGUCGUUCCUCGUUGCAAUCUGUUUCUCGGUCUAUUUUAUCGAGAAACUCGGUCGAAGAAUUCUCUUCCUCAUCGCUGCUGUCGGGAUGCUCGUUGUUUUCAGCGUCUGGACUGGAUGUUCUGCAGUGUAUGCCCAAACAGGAAACAAAGACGCCGGGUCCGCGGUUCUGGCGAUGAUCUUCCUCUUCUACGGCGUCGCUGGUUUCGCAUGGCCUGGCUUGACAGUCGCCUACUGCUCCGAGAUUCUCCCUUUCAGCAUCCGAGCCAAGGGACUGGCAAUCUGCCUGGGAGUGACAGCGCUCUCUGGCGUCUUGAACCAAUACGUCAACCCCAUCGGGCUCUCGUCGCUGGCUUGGAAGUUCUACUUUGUCUACAUCGUCAUCUUGGUCAUUGAGGUGGUCUGCAUCUGGUUCCUCUUUGUGGAGACCAAGGGACCUACUCUUGAGGAAAUCGCCGUCCUAUUCGACGGCAAGGAUGCCAAAGUUUCCAAGGAGGCGGGAAUGGACGGCGAUGCUACGUAUGAGCAAGUGGAGGUCCGUAAGGCUGCGGAAAAGGUCUAGGCGUUGUCCACAUAAGAAACAAGCCAGCAAAGAUGCCGUGGGUUUUGCAGGGUUGAAGCGACUGUACGGAUCAGUUCCGGAGACGAAUGUGGGUUGCUGGUUGAACACUGGACAGCGAAGGCAUGCCGUGUCGCCUGUCGCUUCAGAUCGGCUGGUCAAGCACGGAGGAUUUGAAUCAAAUUGACUGGGAGCGUCCCUGAUUAUCACAUGAGUGUGAAGCCGUGCUGUUGUCAGUUGAUGUCUUGAUGAGGUGACUGAUAAAGUGCGUCCAUGCCCUUGGGCUUUUCCUCCUCGUGGACCAGUAGGUAUUGUCGGCCUCAACAUCGUCACCGCCCUCGUCACAAAAUAAAGUAGCAAUAUGCUUGAAGAAUCUAAACUGACGAGAAUUAAACUAUCUUAGAGUGAACGAAAUCGCUAGUCGUGCCCGACCUAGCUGCCGGUCCAGCAACUCUCAAA